AUGGACCAGCAAUCAUCCGCUACCACUGAGGCGCCAGUGGCUGAUGCUCCUGUGGCAGAGCCGAGUAGUGAAAGCCCAGCCGAGGCAACCCCAGAGGCUGCCCCGGCCGCUGGAGCUACACCAGUAGAAGCACCGACGGAGGCGAUCCCGGCUGAGCCUAGCACGGAAGCAUCGGAGGCUGCUACUCCUACCGCACCGGAGGGAACUGCUCCGACUACUGAGGAGACACCGGUGGAGAACUCCAUUGAGGGAGCAGCAGAGGAGAAGCCACAGGCUGUUCCAGUUCCUUUACCGCCAGCUACCCCUCGACAGGAGCCCCCAGCAUCGCCUAUGGACGUAGCGGCUGCUACUGCCGUUGCAUCGGCAGCAGCUAUUCAGCAGGAGCUCACGUCGGCACCUCCAAUGGGACACAACCCAGCACCAGUAGCUCCUCGUUAUGAUGGACCACCUAGGAGAGGGGAUGAUACUAAGAAGGUUUUCGUCGGGGGUCUCCCUCGGGAAGCUGACAAGCCCGCGUUGGAUGAGUACUUCAGCCAGUUCGGGCCAGUAGAGGACUCAGUGGUGAUGAUGGACCGGUUCACGGGCCGGAGUCGGGGCUUUGGCUUCGUCACGUUUGAGACUAAAGAGCAGAUGCUAGGGUGUGUGGCUGCAGCUCCUCAUGUGAUUAUGGGGAAGACUGUGGAGGUUCGACGAUCUAUCAAUGAUGAUGGUACUUCUACGGCCAAUGAGAGGCGGUCAGCAGGGAAGGGAAGUGGAGCACCGAGGAGCUAUGAUGACUACAGCUCAGGGAAGGGCAAGGGAGGUCAUCGAGACCAGAACCCUAAUAAACUGUUCGUGGGCGGCCUUCCACGUGAGGUCACCAGUGAUGUACUUAGAGAUUUCUUCAUCCAGUAUGGCAACUUGGUCGACUGUACAGUGAUUACUGAUAGGAUGACAGGCCAGUCUAGGGGCUUCGGCUACAUCACAUACGAGGAUCUGGCUGCUGCUGAGGCCGCUAUCAGCAACUCGGCCAACAACGUCAUCGAUGGAAAAUGGGUUGAUGUGAAGCACACAACGAGGGAGGCUCCACGACAGUCGUUCGGCGGGUAUAAUGAGUACGGCAGUGGCGGUGGAUAUGGCGAUCAUGGACGGUUUAAUAGAGGGUCAGACGAUUACCAAGCUACGAUGCAAGCUAGCAGGGCGGCAUCCAAUGCCUAUUUCCAGCAGCAACAGCAGCAACGACCGAUGGGUAUGUACCAGCAGCCACAGUAUGGGAUGCCUCCACCACAACAGCAGGGGUAUGGUAUGCAGCAGGGUGGCGGCUACGGUGGUAUGGGGUAUCAACGUCAAGAGCAGCGACGGCCCCCAAUGGGAGGAUAUAAUACCUCGCAACCACCUCGUUAUGGUGGCUCGUAUGGUGGUCCUUCGCGAGCCAGCCCGUACUAAGUCGUGUCAGCAACAGCAGCAGCAGCAGCAGCUCACGUAAAAUAACAAUGAAGGGCCUUUCUUCACCGUGAUGUCUGAUACUCUGUGGUAAUGGUAUCGAGUAGCUGCUGCUCUUGAGGUCUGCGAAGUUGCUAAUAGUAGUGUUGGAGGUGACCACCGUAUGAUGGACUCUUCCUAACGCUAUAUUCCCUUUUUCCCUACUAUCUUUGUGGGAUAGAAAUAGUUCUUC